UCUCAGGAUUAUGAAUAUGUAUUGCACGUGACCCAAUUGCUAUGGCCUUUUCAUUAAGUUUUGGUUUGGUUUGGCUUGGGUCAGGGACGAUCCAAGUGUUUCAAUGGGCCCAGAUUCAACCACUAGCCCGUUUACUUUUCAACCCAAACCAACAAGUUGUUGCCUCUGGCCCUCUUGGCGAAUUCUGCAUUUCCAACGGUCCGAUCAAAACCCUAAUCAAUGGCCGGGAAUGCAUCGUCUUCUCUCACCCUUGUCUUCCUCAUCAUCCUGAUCGCCGCUCCGACACCCUCCGGCUCGUUCUUUCCGUCGCAGUACCGAACCCUAGUGUCACUGGGCCACUCGCUCAUGACGCGCGUGGCCAACCUUCGGGCCUCCAGGGGCGACCAUUCCGGCGCCGCGCUAGCCAGGGCGGUGGCGGCGAGGCUGGAGCGGGGGCUAGGGUUAGGGUUGUGGGGGAUGAUGUGGUCUACGGGGUGGGACUACUUCAGAAACUACGCUUGGGGGGAGAUGAAUUGGAGGGAGCUGAACGCUGCCGUUUCGGAAAUGAAGGAGUUGCUGAGGUGGGUGACAGAGUUGACUCGGAUGAAUUCGGAUGCGGAGAGAGCGGCGUGGGUGGGGCGAAAUUACCAGAGCGUCCUGAGAGUAUCCAAUUCGAUGCUGGGGAAGCUCCUCCAGGUGUUUCGUCAAUCGGGGGCGUUGAGGGAAGUGGUGGAGACGGUGAAGAAAGAGGUGGUGGAGGGCGGAUUACUGAGAGACUGUCUUGAAUUGGGAAGCAAUGACUUGAAAGGCUUGAUGCAAGUGCUUAACGAUCUCCUUUCACAAUUAUCUUCUGCUUCUGCUUCAGCUUCCGGCCACACCGCCGAUCUUUGAACUUCAAAUUGUUGAAAUUGUUUACAUGAAGUUGGAGUGGUUCCAAGUCGCUCAGACAAACAUGAAUUCCAAUUCACAUAGUUUUGUUGACUUCUCUA